AAAUAAAUUCGCAAACUACCACAUACUCUGUGAAUGGUAAACCUGGAGGACUUUAAGACCAGGCAAGAGUUGCAGCACAGCAUUCCAGCCGCUUUCGCAAAGGAUCUCUUUAUUUGUGGAAAUGGGUUUCUCUACACCUCCCUGUCUGCCUCACAUGUUGAAAAAAGCAAGUAUAGAAACACACGGCCGCUGUUACAUCUCAAACAGAAGUUCAGAGAUCACCUGUGGUAGGCUAGGACAGGUAACGAAUGUCCAGGUAGUGACUAUCACACUCUCUACUGUCUUACUGGAUUUACAAUCUUCUCUUCCUCUUUGGAAUGAGUUUCUGGAGACGCAACAAGAGGAAUGACGACAAAAAGGAUCCACUCAAAACUGAAGAGUCGCUGGACAGCCCCACGUCUCCAUCCCAGUCACCUAUCAUAGAGAAAGAUGGGCUGGACCCUGUCAUUACUGAUUAUGGGUCAGAGAGAUCUGACCUGUCAGUGGCUCUUCAAGACUGCAUGGAGGCACUGGAUCAGUUCCUGCGAAAUGAAUUCGACGAGGCUCUGACCAGACUUAGGAGCAGGAAUAAAGACAGCAUGUACCACGCGCUUACAUAUGCCACUAUACUGGAAAUGCAGGCCAUGAUGACCUUUGAACCAGAGGACAUCUUGACUGCAGGAAACACAAUGAAAGAGGCACAGGCUGUGUGUCAACGAUACCGUAAAAAGUCUUCCUUCAACAGCAAAAACUUCACAGAAGAGGAGCUCCACGCUGAAGUGUGCUAUGCCGAAUGCCUCCUCCAGAGGGCAGCACUCACUUUCCUGCAGGAUGAAAAUAUGAUCAGCUUCAUAAAGGGAGGAAUGAAAGUGAGAAACAGCUAUCAAAUAUACAAGGAGUUACAUACAGUCCUGAAGUCCUCAGGUUAUGUUCACGGUGACAAUCAUGGUCAUUUUGAAGGAGGCGUUAAGCUUGGGGUCGGGGCCUUUAACCUGAUGCUGUCAUUGUUGCCAACUCGGACUCUCAGGUUGUUGGAAUUUGUGGGCUUCUCUGGUAACAAAGAGUUUGGUCUUCAGCAGCUCCAGGAGGGCUCCUCUGAGCACACGUUUAGGUCUUUUCUGUGUAAUAUGUUGUUGCUUUGCUACCACACUUUCAUGAGCUUCAUUCUGGGCACUGGAGAGGGAGAUGUGGACGAUGCAGAAAAACUGCUGCAGCCUUAUCUAAAAAAGUAUCCGAAGGGGUCCAUUUUCCUGUUCUUCGCUGGUCGAAUAGAGGUAAUCAAAGGAAAUCUGGAUGCUGCUAUCAAGCGUUUCGAGGAGUGCUGUGAAGCUCAGCAGCAAUGGAAGCAGUUCCAUCACAUGUGUUACUGGGAACUGAUGUGGUGUUUCACUUAUAAGAGGCACUGGAAGAUGGCCUACUUCUACGCAGACCUGCUCAGCAAAGAGAACACCUGGUCUAAGGCCACAUAUGCGUAUAUGAAAGGUGCUUACCUCAGCAUGCUGAGUCGUGAGGAAUGCCAGCCGUUCGGGGAGAAUGAGGUGGCUUUGUUUAGGCAAGUUCCCAGUCUGAAGCAGAAAAUAGCUGGGAAGUCAUUGCCCACAGAGAAGUUUGCCAUCAGAAAAGCUCGACGCUAUAAUACAGAUAACGCCAUUCCUCUUCCUGCACCUCCAUUGGAGAUGAUGUACAUUUGGAAUGGCUACACUGUGAUUGGGAAGCACAAAGACCUGACAGAGGGCAUGCUGAAGACUCUGGACGAGGCCCAGCAGAUGCUCGAGCAGUAUCCAAGGACUGAGUUCACCACAGAUGACCAGUGUGUGGUUAGUCUGCUUAAGGGGCUCUGUCUCAAACACUUGGGUUUCAAGGAGGAAGCUGAACAUUACUUCACCCUCGUCCUCUGCAAUGAGAGUCAGAUUAAAUAUGACCACUACCUGGUGCCCAAUGCUCUUCUGGAACAUGGUUUACUGUGUUUGGAGGAGGGCAGAAUAGAGGAGGCCAUCAAACUUCUGGAGACAGCCAAGCAAAAUUACAAGAACUAUUCCAUGGAAUCACGGACACACUUCCGGAUCCAGGCAGCACUACAUAAGGCACGAGGCACAGCUGUGAACGGAGACCACUGCUCACCCUCCAGCCCUUAACGUUUGACGUCAUCGCAGGGUUCACAGAAAGCCAUGAUCAGGCUUGAUGUGGGUUGCCAUAUGCCAAGAGGAGAACUAAAGGAGCACAUGAGCAAUCAGACCCGAUUGCACACAUAGAUUAUACAGUAAAUGGACAACAGCUGCAUGAAUAUGUUUUGUGAGGCAGUGCAGUCAAGACACAGAAAUUACAUCAUGCUGUUAUGAUGUCAUAUAAAUAACAUCUUGCUAGCAUUUUAAAUGUACCAUUAAUAAUAAUAAUAAUAAUAAUAAUAUUAAUAUAAUACAAGAUAUACAAGUUAUGCCAGUCCAAUAGUAUUAUACUGGCACAUCAGGCUAAGAACAUUGUGAACUCAAGUAAAGCCAUCGCUCAAUCAUUUAUGGCUGCUUUCAGAACUCUUGUUGGUAAUUGUCUCCAAUAUUGGUCACCCUGUGACAUCAGUAGCCUAGACAUGGCUGUGCCUUACAGCUAACCGUUUUAUUUGGAUUUAAAGCAUGUGCACAAAUAUUAGUUUACUUUUAAUCUUUGGAGUUUAAAUAGGUUAUAAAAUAAACCUAUUGUCCAGAGGUAAUAUGAUGAACGUAAGGUUCGAUAUCAUGGGUUACUCUUUGGUUAGAGUACUGUGGCCUUGUCAAAUCUCACGGACAGGAUUCCUGUUCUAAUCUUUUUUUUUUUUUUUUUUUUUAUAUAACAUUAUCAUUGUCUUUCUGUGUACAUAAUUAGUCUGUUUUAGCAAUGUGUUUAACAAAAGAGAGAAAACAAGCAUCUUCAAAACAGCAGAAAAUUACUAUUAGAAUGUAAACUGGAAGUUUUGUGGGUUUAGUUAGCUAUUUCUUUUUUAGUAUUUAUUCACUAUGAUGGCGCCUUUCAAAAUG